AUGGGGAAAAUUAGUGGUUGGUGUGAGUUUAUUGGGUAUAUAGGAAGUAUUAGUUUGAAAUUUAGGAAUUUGAGGAGGAUUGGUGAAGAUGAGGCGAGUUUGACAGCGAGCAUUGAAAUUGCGGUGGCCAGAGGUAUUGGGUGUGGAGAGGAAGAGGAAAAGUUGAGGAAAUUGGGAGAGAAGAAGACGAUGAAGAGGCUUUCUACUGUGCAAGAUUUAGCCGAUGGUUUAAUGGCUUUGGCCGAUAUUCGAGACGGAAAGGGACGGCCAAAGCCACAAACAAUGAAACGCCGUUUACUAAUUGAGGCACACUGCUGUUUUUUUAAAAACAAAAUAAUUUUGAUCAUAAGGGAGGGACCAUGA